AUGCCACUCCAAAGUCUGUUCAAUAGAAUCGUCAGGUACGUGGAUGACAGGCACUAUAUUAAUAAUGCUAAUCAGAGAAUUAAUGAAUAAUUGGAAAGUGGGGAUGGGUGGAAGGCCAAAAACAUAAAUCCCAUAAAGAUAGAGAAUUACUCCCAGCGUACAUAAGAGAAACAGAGGGAUGAGGUUAACUUUCCCAUGUGAUGUGCCAUUUUCAGUGCUGGGUCUGAACCACACUGAGUCAAUGAUUAUCUGAUCUUCCACCGGACAGAAAAUUAAGACCUUCCUGGCAGACCUUGAAGGAUGCCGCAUGCUUGUUUUGAGAAUAGCUACGUGCAAGACAGGUCUUCUUCCAUAUAUUUUAUGCCAUUGCUGCCUGUAUUUUUCUUGAUUCAUUCAGCUUGGAGACAGAUCCCAUUGGCUUCCCUUGUUCCGAUUGCCAUCCCAGACCCUGAAGGUGCCGGAUGAGCUGAAUUAAGUGGCACUUCUUCCCGUGGCCCCCUUGUGAUGGAGAUUGCUCCACUAUAAACUAGGGCAAACUUAUCUUGCACUAUUUCAUGCGGUGACCUUUAGAGCAGACAGCCCCCGAAUGAUUUUCAGUCAGUGCUCUCUGGGCUUGAUUUAGAAGUCCAUUCUGAAGGUAAAAAGGCCAGCGCAUGGAGCCAAGUCAUUAUUUUGCACUUCUACCCAAAUCGGGUGGAUAACAAAUACCAAAGUAGGUCACUUGCUGUGUGAAGUUUGUGCUGAGCGACACAGUCAGCGUUAACUUACAACAGAGGAAUGAAAUAAAAUAGAAUGGGGGGCUAGAGGAUGAGCAAGAAGAACGAAGGAGGCGGGGAAAUAUCAGUCCUAACCAUGAUUUUAUGCAGAGCUUGUGCUUGGACAUGCCAUUUUGUAUGUAUCCAAGGGUUGCUAUAUGUCAACAACUUUGCAUUGGCCAAAAAGAGCUCAACGACUUUUGUGUCCGUAUUUUUGAAAUAUGGCAACCCUAAUACAUAUCCUUCUGUUCCAUGUUAGUGCAAAAUAUGGUAUCACUGGGCACAGAAUCCAGUUUUGGAAGUAAUCUCAGCUUUCACCUUAAAGGCAAAGUUUCUAGCCCCCAUGGAACAUGUUUGAAGGUAUGUGGGCAAAGCCAGGUGAAAACUGUGAAAUCAGAGGGGCAGCUAAAGCAGAGUUUCAGGAGCCUGAAAUGAAGCAUUAGUGCAUUAGUAGGAGACAGAAAAAUGCAGAUUUACAGUUUGAGCCUAUGGGUGUGUCCUCAGAAAUGAGUCCCAUUGAAUUUAAUUUCCUUUGUACUUUCUCAAGUUGCAAGAAAGGAAAUUCUGAUUAAACAUCAGGAGAAACUUUGUGGCAGCAAGAGCGGUUCAACAGUGGAACGCUCUCCCUCUGGAGGGAGGUUGUGGACUCUCUUUCCUUGAAGGUUUUAAAGCAGAGAUCGGAUGGCCAUCUGUCAUGAAUGCUUUAGUUGAGAUUCCUGCAUUGCAGGGCGUUGGACUAGAUGACCCUUGGGUCCCUUUCAACUCUAAGAUUCUAUGAUAAUGUGACUUGUUCCCAAGAAAGAGUGCAAAAGCUUGCAGUCUAGAUGAUAUACGAUUUAACAAGCAUCCUUCUGCACCAUUUGCAUAUUUCCUCCCAAGAUGCAGAAUUCAACUUUUCUUGAUGUAGAAUUUUGAGUGUCUGGGUUCAGCUGCAUUUUUUAAAAAGCAUGGAGUACACACAGGCAAUGUCUCAUAUCAUUUGCAUAUCCAGCCCAAGAGGGGAAAGGUGUAUGCCCUUUGGUCAGUCCUGGGGGCUAGAAAGCUGGGGGUGCAUUUGACCCCUGGGCCUGUUUCCCACCCUUGUUCAAAGAACUAGAAUGUUUUUAAUAUUCUGUUGGGAGCCACCCAGAGUGGCUGGGUAAACCCAGCCAGAUAGGCAGGGUAUAAAUUUAUUUAUUUAUUUAUUUAUUUAUUUAUUUAUUUAUUUAUUUAUUUAUUUAUUUUUAUUAAAAGUCUCCUGUGAGAAUUACUGUUUCUUAAAUGGUGUCUCUUUCCAUCUUCUAAUCUAUUUCUGUUCACAUACUUUCUGGAGGUACACAAACGCAGCCGUCUUCCACUGUGCUUAAUGAGCAUUACCUGUCUGCAAGAUUCCCAGAUAUUUCAAAUAAGGCAUGUCAACAAAUGCACCUCGACUCAAGAAUUUCUGUUCUCUGUUUCUAGCAGAGUCAAAGCCUCAGAGAGCCGUGUAUGUUCUUCUGUGCAAUGGCAGACAGGGGUGGGGCACAGCGAUCUAGCAAUCAGGUUUCCCCUCCAAAAUCAAGUCCUACAUUCCCUACCUGAAUCAAAGCCACUCUCGAAGGAUGUUUUCUUCUGCCGACUGUACUUGAAAUCUACUUGA